AUGGUGGCUGCUUUGAAAACUUACAGAGAGAGUACAGUUUCUAAUGAUUUACCCAGACUAAUUGAGGCAUUCAAAAGAGCAAAGGAGUUUAAUCAUCCCAAUGUUGUUCGUUAUUUAGAUUAUGGAGUGUUGGAACAAUCAUUUGAGAAUUUACAUUUCGUUGUGAUGGAAUUAGCUCCACUGGAUUUGGAAAAAUAUAUUCUAAACCAUUCAGUAGUAAAUUCCGAUUCUGGAAAUGAAAGAUUUCGAAUUGGAGAAGUAUCUCAGAACAAAAAUAGGGAAUAUAGUCUAUCGUUGAAGGAAGUUACUUUACUAUUCAGAGAUAUUCUGAAAGGAUAUGAUUACUUACAUCAGAACAAGAUUAUUCACAGAGAUUUGAAACCUCAAAACAUUCUCAUAUAUAGAGUGCAAGGUGAAAUAGUUCCUAAAAUUUCGGACCAUGAUGAAUGCAAGAUUUCUGAAUUGGAUCUUGUGAGGACUACAAUGAUUCAGGGUACAAGAGAGUAUGCAGCUCCAGAAUUAUUCGAAAAGCAUCUUUCGAAUAAUAAUCUGUAUGAAACAGUUGAUAUUUACUCAUUGGGAUGCAUUUAUUUAUUUGUUCUAAUCAAGACCUGUUUGGAAGUGGAUGGGAAAACAUUCUUCGAUUGGAUGAUUGUUAAUCAAGAGGAGAAAGUUCACAACUUUAUUAAGGAAAGAAUUGAGAUGUUGUACAAAAACACAAAUGAGAAAAUACGAAACUGUAUCAUUCGCUUAUUAUACUGCACAAUCAAAAAGUCACCUCUUAGAAUACCAUUGAAGGAUUUUUAUGCAGUAAUCAAAUAUAUCUUGAGCUUAAUGAAUCACUCUGAAACAGCAGAUUUAUAUGAAGAUGUCAUUAAUGAUUCUUUAAUGGAAGAAAUAUUGAAAAAGAAUGAAAAAUAA